AUGGAAGAAGUGCAUGCACAGAACAGAGAGCUCAGCAACUGUCUGGACACAAAAAUUGCUAUUCAAAUGGCAGUGGAUGGAAUGCACAUUUCUGUAAAAGGACAUGCCUUGAAAGGCAUAAAAAUACGGCAUAUUCCCGGCCAGCACAAAAAUGUAGAAACUGAUGUAUUUGAAAGUUUAGAAAUUAUGGCUUAUGACAAGAGAAGCACCCCCAUGAUACGGUACAUAGUCAUGACAGCCAUUGAAAAUGAGCUAAACAAGCUGGAAGAGCCACUAAGGCUAUCCGUGCAUGUUUCUGUUCUUUCGUCAGGGAGAUACGCAGAAGGGGCUGUUCUGGCAGUUAAUGCAAUACUAUCGCACUUGGGUAUAAACACUGAAUAUAUAAUAGAUGGGUCAUGCAGCGAUGAUCUACUAAAGCAGGUAGUUAUCAAGAAUACACAUGGAGAGAUAAUAUAUGCAGUAGGCACAGGAGCAUUUAAUGAAUGA